AUGCACCUAAGACCGCAGCUAUUCCGGAUCGGCUUCAUUGGAGUUGACAUGUUUUUCGUACUGUCUGGUUUUCUCAUGACCAAAAUUCUUCGUGAAAAAGAAUUUUCGCUGACGUCCAUUCGGGAUUUCUAUACACGCAGAUUCAAGCGGAUCGUACCUCUCUACAUGUUGGUUGUGGUCGCAACGUGCGUAUGUAAGUUCAGCAAACUUUCAUGA